AUGGUAGAUGUUCCAUUUGUGUUUAUGGAUUACAUACAGAUCACCAAAACAGAAGUGUGGAAGACCAGUUGCAGAACUCUGGGUUCCGGAGAGAUAGUGCAAGCAGUAAUUGGCACGCUGUUUGGCCAAGGGUUCACAAGAGGACAUGUCCCUAGAGGCUCCAGCAGCUUAAUAGUAGCUGUGUGGUUGAUGGCAGUCUUCAUCUUGGGUACAGCUUACCGCAGUAACCUCACUGCCUCCCUCACGCAACCCAGCUACCCUCCACGACCGGAGAAUGUGGAAGGCCUCGUCAGGGAAAUAGAGAGGGUGACAAUCGAGCCAUAUGGAGUAAAUUACAAAAAUUCCUUCAUCAAUUCCGAUUCGAGUGCCUUGUCCACUUUCGGAAAGUUAAUGGUGGUUGGAGUCGAUAUUGUUGAUGGACUCAAGGACGCUCUCGAAAUGAAACGAGCACACGUUGGAGGUCGACAGUAUCUUGAAAGUAACAUUGUCGAACACUUCACGCGAGUAGAUGGAUAUUCUCCGUUAUAUAUUGGACGGGAGAUGAUCGUCCCGUCACCCACGGCUUGGCCUCUCCCUCACGACGCUCCCUACAAGCACACCCUAGAUCACUACAUCAUUGCCAUCACAGAGGGUGGACUGUAUGAGCAGUGGAGGAAAGAGAUGGUGAGUGAAGCCGCCAGGAAGACACGCACUAAACUGAAGAAGGAACUGAAUCUUCACCAGCAGGAGAAGACAGACUCGAUCAUGGAGGACGGUCCUGGCAGCAACAGUCUCAAGGCUCUCACACUUGUCCACAUGCAAGGUCCUCUCCUGUUGCUCCUUCUGGGCCUCGCUUUUGCUGGAAUUGUCUUCUCUAUAGAGAUGCUGACUAGAAGGUCUCGCUCGAACUGA